UAGUCUUCUUGUCCGACAGACGGGGAUUAAUCCUUCAUAAAGCAUACGUCAGCACAUAUAUCCGCCCCUUUCGCGCAGACACGGGGAUGUCCGCAGGAGCCCGUCAGAUCCCCACGAACAGGAACAUCCCCUGGAGUCCGCCAGUGCCACGACGCGCGCUGACGCGCCACGCACAGUCCGCCGCACGGCAGCAUCCUGACGCUAUUCUGCUCAAGAUGGCGGUGCAGGCAGCGGAAAAAGACGGAAUAGUGGAGAACGUGGAUGACAAUCUGAACGACUCGCUGGGGAACCCCGGCCUCAUCUCACCUGACAAAGAAGAUUUAACACGUCUCCUGACGGUGCCGUUCAGCGGGCGCAUCAGGGGCGGCAUGCGUCCUGGGAAGAAGAUCAUAGUGAUGGGCAUUGUCGACUUGGAGCCAGAGAGCUUUGACGUGAGCCUGACCUGUGGACGUGACACGGAGAAGGAGGAGUCUCAGCAUGACGUGGCCCUGAAGCUCGCCGCUCGCUUCGCAGACCGCCAGUUCCUCCGCAGCGCCCGCAUCUCCGGGAAGUGGACAGAAGAGGAGGCAUCCACCACCUACUUUCCCUUCAUCCCCGAUCAGCCUUUUAGGAUUGAGAUCCACUGCGAGCAUCAGAGGUUUCGGAUAUUUGUGGAUGGACACCAGCUCUUUGACUUUUAUCACAAAGUAAAAACGUUGCCCUUCAUUGAUACAGUACGGAUACGUGGAGAUCUACAGAUCACAAAACUCGGUUAACUUCUGUCUGUGUGUUGCGUUUGUGAAGCGAGGACUUGAUCACCGAGGAACACACACAUUUAUGCCACGUAUGUUUGUUCUUUGUCUUACGUCAUCAUUCAUCUCCCAUCAUGCACCACUGCAGUUGUGUAGCAAAUGGGAAAAGGCUCCUUCAGUGAGAGCUUUGAGUUCUUCCACUGGUUCCAUUCCGUAUUUUCCUGAAGCAUGUUUGGAUGGAAUGAUACUAUGUGGGUGAAUGUAUUUAGAUCCAUUUUCAGGUAAUUUUCUGUCAUUCUAGCACCAAUUUUGUCAGAUCAGGGGUCUCGCUGCAUAUUAAUCACACUUUUUUUCUUUUUUGUGUGUGUACAUGGAAACCUUUAGGAUACGGAGACAGGCAGGUGUGAGAUACUUUAUCAUGGAAACAUAACUUCACUUCAGGAAAAUAUCAGACGCUUAGCAAUUUAUAUGAAAGCAGAUUAUGGCUGACAGAGUCUAGAACCCCCAAAUUUGGAGAUUUGUUCAAAGUAUUUAACUUAAUAUUCUUAUGUGUUUACUUGACUGUGGUCUGAGGAAGUUCUAUGAUGCUUAAAUAUGAUUUAAAAAAAGAAAAAAGCGACAGUGUGUAGGAUUUAGUGUCAUCUUGUGGUGAGUUUGUAGAUUGCAUUAUGCCAUUACCAGUCACUGAUUCCUCUUCUUUUUUGUCCUUCAGUCUUCCAGUUGCACUGCAAAAUAUGAAAGGCGGAAUAAGUUUGUCCAUUUCGGGCUACAGUAUUAACAUGAUAACCCCCAUGAGGGGGCCCAGUUCCCGUGUAAUUAUAAAGGGCUCAUUCUAAUCGAAUAUAAACACAUGGAUUUGUUAUUUCAGGGAAUUGUAACAGGGGGUACUUCAAAAACAUCUCAGCCUCACCCAGAAAACAUCACAGGAGAACGACUGUUCUUGCAUUAUUUUUCAACACAUAGUGUCUCUGGUCCACAACCUUCACUAUCUCUUCAGGGAAGAAGGUCAUAUCUUGAGCUUCCAGAUACUUUUCCAUUUGAGGCUAAGAAUGUUUUGAAAUUCACUCGUAUGCUAAUGAAGAGAUGGUUAUGAAUUCUCUUUUGGCUAAUAAACGCCACUAAAUCCUACACACUGUAGCUUUAAGGAUAAAAUGCACCAUUACGGAACUUGCUGAAUAAUUUACUUGUCGGAACUCUGAGAUGGUCACAAACAAUGAUGGCUGUAAAAUUUUGUUGCUUUGGACUUGAAUAAUGCUCAAAGAUCAGUCUGAUGUUGCAGUCACAUGAGAAUUUUAGACCAGAUUACAAUUACAAUGUAGACUUGUGUUGGUCUGAUCAGGAAGAUGCCAUUUGCUUGACUAAUGUGCUUGAAUAUCUCCCAUCAAAUUAAAUUUUGGUGAACUCUUAAGAGGUGAACUCGCAUUGAUGCACAAUUACAAGCUGAUCUUUAAGAAGACAAAAAUCAGUGUUGUCCAAAAUAGUGGCAGAACUACCACUAUUUUGUCAAGGAAUUUAAUUUUUUGCUCCUGUUACCUUGGUGGAACCAUGUUUUCUGGGUCAUUGGAUAAAAUAGAUCUUUGCCGUGCCAUAAUUUAACAUCAAAUUGUUUCAGAACUAAUCUGUUUUGGAAUUAAGUUCAUCUGAUGACCAUCUUGCUUGAGUUCAGAAGUCAACCACAUUGGCCUACGUUUUCUGGGUAAAAUCAGGGAGGACUGAAGUGUCAGUGUGUGCCUGACUAUCUGUUCUUCCACCCUACAGUGUUGAACAGCAACAGCUGCUGGUCCUUCAAGACACUCUUGUACAAAAUGUGUUUUUGUUACUAUAUUUCCUAUUGCUCAUAUCAGGAUCAUUAGGAAAUAGUUCGAACAAAAGACUGAAUAAUAAAAAUACAAUUCCUUCCUGUAAUUGUUAAAUUAUUAUUAUUUACAGUAACUAAAAAUUCAGCUAGCAUAGCUCAGCUGCCACUAAGCAGACUUGCUUGGCUGGUUAGCAUUUAGCUGGCUUGAAAAUGAGCUCGUUGAACUUGUUGGCUAGCAAAUAAUGUUUUCUGCUAACACGCUUUCAUUGGGUAACACUAGCGUGCUGCCCUGUUACUUAUUUUGCUGAAUUAUUCCACAAUGCAAGUCGUGACAUUAGAUAUUUGUGUAAUGAUAUUAGCUUCACCAUGAAAAUGUAUUAGCCACAACAGGUUCCAUAUAAGAUCUCCCAGUGCCAGCAAGGUUCCAGUCCACAAAAUUUGGGUCACCAAUCUCAAGUGUGACUGCAGCAUAACACCUGAUAAAUUCCCAAGAGGGUAAAAAACAUGACAUUUUAAAUGUCUUUAACAUAAAAUAUUGUUGGUUGAGUGAUACUUUGAGUUGGGAUUUUGCUAAACGCACCUGAUUAUAAAGACUUGUAUUUUUUGCUGUGGUUCUCCUCUCAAGAUCAAUAUUCUGAUCUGAAUGUAGAGUUUGAACACAAAUGCUGUUUCAUCUGUGAUGUGGCGCAGCUUCCCCUUUGGGUUCAUUCUGGUUGACAUGGUAACGUGCUGCAGACUCACUGACCUAAAUUCCCCGUAAUGAGGAUUAUAUCAUGACAAGAUGUAACAGAAUUCAUACCAUCAUGUUAACAUUCAGUACAGCCUGUGUGCUGUCUAAAGCUGAUUAACUAUAAUUACAAUGUUACAAGUCGUGGGUGUCAAGAAAUUUCUUUCAAGCAAGUCUGGUGUGGAAUUAGCUUGCUAACGUUUGAUGCAUUGAUUGCACUAUUUAUUUGUUGAAUCCAAACUGAAUCAGAGGUAAAAAAUAAUAUUAAGGCCCUGGUGAAGGAAAAUAAACUUGAGAUUUGGAAAUUUUGCAAAAUAUUUCAAAAAAGUUUUGAAAGUCAAAAUUUUUAACAAAAGAGGGGGAAAAGCCACUUUGGUUUCAGAAUAAUGUAAUUCUAGGAGAAAAAAUUACAAAUUUAUUCUUGGUUACGCUUUAAUCUAAAAAAUAUUACAACUUUUAAUUGUCAGACAGAGAUUUUUUUUUUAACAUUUCAACUUUUCAUCCUACUUCUAUGAAAUUUGGAGUCAAGAUCAUCUUAAGAUGAAGAACCUGUUAAAAUGCCUUUAGCCAGAUUAUAUUCUUUUAGUUUCUUGCAGCCGGUUUUCGGCCGCACGGCGCCACAGGCUCGCUCACUGUUGGAGCUUUUGGUUCUCUUCACGGAUCAAACCACACAUAUCUUUUAGCUUUAAUUUUUUUCCUCUUAAAAAGCAUCACAAAUAGAACAUUUUCAUUGAAACUACAGUGUUUCAUUCCUGUUUAAAAUAAAGCAGUCUGAAGACUGUGCUUGCAUGGAAGACACCUCAUUGUGUCUGAACGAUGACAUAAAUUCUAAAUUAAAUUCAUUUUGUCACUAAAUGAAAUUGCUGACACACUGUUAAGCCAUGAUGGAUAUGUACAUGUAUUAUUAUAACUUUAUGCUCAAGACACUGAUUGUUUAUUUUAUGUUUUAUAACUUAAGCAGGACUUUAUCCUCAAAAUAUUUAGAAUUUCAGGUGUAUUUAUUUUAAAAUUAAGAGAAUGGGCCCUCGAAUAGCAAAUUCACCUCCUCGUCUUAUUCAAAACAGAUAUUUGAAAACAUUUUUGACAAAAAGCGAAAAUAGGUGGGAAGCAGGGUCAGAUCUUGAUGGAUAUUUUGAAUGUAUAGCAUUUGUGUUUCUGUCAUAGCAUACAAUAUAGUGAAGCAGAAAAAUGUGUAAUGUUUGCAGUUUUAGUGGUAUGAUUGUUGUACUUCAUUCUCCUUCACGUGUUGUUUUAUGACUUUUUGAUGUUUUCUGUGUCAUUCCAUGCAGGUAUUUUGUACAAUGAGGCAAAUGGAUGUUUUAAAGCAGCUAUAUUCUUGUUUUUACACGUUUAACAAAAUGUCUUUUAUUCAUUGUAUUUUUUUUUGUCUGCAUAACUGCUUUACACAGGACAUCUGUUCAUCACUGAGGCAGAAAAGAACUGAUAUUAGCUGUAGGAGAAGCUGCCUUCAUCGUAAAACUCACAAAUAUUAAAGGUAUGAUGUUUUACGGUG